UCCGCGAUUAUUACACCGAUCUCUCACACUCAAUCCCGUCCACUUGACUCACUCACACAAUUCCGAGCGCAAAAACAGACCCACUGCUAACUGAGGCGCAACGCUCCUAACUUUGGUCGAAUUAGUCGCCACGCGGCUAUACUACGUGCUGAAUGGCUGCAGCGAGGCCGCAGGAAUUUACACCGCCGGAAUCGAACUACUGCUUAGCUUCAUCAAAGGUCCAUGAAAUACUAUCAACCAUGCGAGAAGAUGUCACAUCGUUGCUUUCGCUCGACACCCCCUCCGUCCCAAUUCCUAAUAAGACGCCAUUUCCGCAGCCGCGGCUCGAAGCCCUUCAGCCGGCCAAUUUCCCCGAAGCUCUGAAUUAUCUCGUCAUGGCUGUCGAGGCGCGGCUCCGCCAACCGCGCACGAUCGACAAGUUAGAUAAUUGUCGCGUUCCAGGCGCGGGACGACUUCCGCUUUCCGCCACUUGUCACGGCCCCCACGCCGCGGAGUUACGAAUCGGCAUGAAAAGGCAGCGCGACGCGGCAGAGGAGCCGCAGAAAGAGCCCGAAGGCCGCAAUCUCCUCAAGAAAGAAUCCCUAGUGAAAGCCGAGGCAGGAGUUUCGGCCGCUGAUGGCGCCGCAAAAGCCGCAGAACCCGUUCCCUUACCUGCAGCGUCGCGCCGGCCUUUGUCGAUCAAUCCACCCGCGUCGCCAGCUGCGACGCCGGCAGUCCCCGCCCGUGAGCAAGCGGAUACCAGUCCCCGCCACUUCCCGCCUCGGCGGGCGGACUCCGCGGACGGGGAGUCCCUAGCGCGUUGCGCCCUUGUCAAUGCUUGCGCCGCCCCCAUCGCGACGAUCGGCCCGGGGGCGGGGGCGCCUCCCGCGACGGAGGCGCGGCAUCACAACCCGCCGCACGCGUCAGUUGCGGCGGAAAUAAUGCGAGAGGCGGGUGUCCGAGCCGCGGAAGUGAGAGUUGUGCGCGGAGGCGCGGUGGUGGUGCGGUUCGGGUCGGAGUCCGGCACGAUCAGCUCGCGAGGCUUAAGCGAAUGGUCCUUGGAGCAUCCCGCGGGUGCGCGGGAAGGCGGAGGGUUAGCCGCGGACUUUCCGCGCGCAGGCGAGUCCGCUAGCGCUGCACUCCGCGCUGGCGCGUUUCCUGCGCUCGACUGCUGCUGCUGCUGCUGCGCGCGGGAAGCGUGCUGGGGGAGCCGGGGAAGAAGCGCCCGAGGAUGAGACGUCCGCCUGCCCCCGCGCACAGCGAGAGCGGAAGCAACUUCGGCGCUGGCGAUCCCCCCACUCGCUCGACGCGGACGACGGUGAAGGUUGCUGCGGCGGAGAAAUCCGCGGAGAAAGCUGCGGUCGCAGGUGCUACCAGCGCAUUGGGCGGAGGAGAGAGGUCGCGGAAGCGGGGGAAGCUUGGGGCUGAGGGGAGAUCUGGCGGUGGUAGUAGUGGUGACACCGGCAUUGACGAGGUUGAUGUCCAAGUGGUGCAGUCUGCUAGGGCUCUGCCAGUCGUGCAGUCCGCUAGGGCUCUGGGUUACGUUGGGGAGCAGGGAGUAACUACUACUCCUGACGGAGCGUGUAGCUUGGUUACCAGUCACGGGUUACUGCACCUGACAGAGCACCAAGUGUGGGAGAUCGUGUGGGGCGAGGGUGGGGUGUCGUGUGGGAGUGGAGAGGGUGCGAAUGACAAUGAGGAGGAGGAAGAGGAGGAGGACGACUAUGAUGAUGAUGAUGAUGAUGAUGAUGAUGAUGAUGAUGAUGAUGAUGAUGAUGAUGAUGAUGAUGAUGAUGACGACGACGACGACGAUGAUGAUGAUGAUGCCUUGUCUGCUGACUCAGCAUGCAGCGGAGUGCAGGGAGUGCAGUGUAAGGUGCUGCUGAUGACUGAGGCGGUCCCAGUGUCAGUACCUGCUGCUUCAAAUGCUGUGGCUGCUGGUGGUGAUGUGUGUUGUUGGCUUGGUAGGGGUGCGGAAAAGGAGAUUAGUGAAGAUGCUCUUAGAGCACUGCGUCCAGAUGCCUUGUUUGAUUAUAUGUCCUCCAGAUGCCUAGCCUUUGUUUAGGUAGCAUCCUCAGUUCUAUGUACAGCUACAAUUGUGGCCACUCAGAGCCACCACCUAACCACAUA